CUCGCGUUCUCCUCUCUGGAGAGAAAGGCCGCAGUUGCACCCCGAAAGCGCCUCCGUCCCCACCCCUCCCGGCCCGCCGCGCCCCAGGGUCUCCACAAAGUUGCUGCAAGUCGCCGCAAGUCGCCGAAGCUGCAGCGGCAGGGGAGGGUGAGGCGGGGCCGCGCGACGGGCAGGAGCACGGUCACGACCUGGGGUGCCGAGCGCGUCCCCUCCCCUAGCCCCGAGCGUGCACGCCCCCCAACAGACGCGCACCAGGCAUCUAAAGCCCGCUGCUGCCCUCGAGGCUCCCGCCCAAUCAGAUGCCGCGUACGCGGCGCCGCCGCGGGCAGACACCCCGGCGCCGGAACCUGCGCCACUGUAGCCUCGGCCCCGCGGCCAUGCUCACCAUCCCGGGCGCGCUGUCCGCGCACGGCUGCGCUCGGGCCGGCAUUCCCCGGCUCGCUGCCUCCGGUUCCCGCUCCGGCUCCGGUUCCCGCUCCUCAGGAGCGGCAGCGAGACAGACGGAGAGCAGCGGGGAGAUUGAGGACCGGGCUGGGCAGGUGGGAGAAGGCAGAGGGGCGCCGGAGAGGCCGGGCUGGAAGGGGGAAGAAGUGCGGCUGCGCAGCGGAGGGGGCCGGCGCAGGGCUCAGAUCCAUGAUGGUGGCCGCGGCGGCGACCCCGGCAGGGAGUGCGUGUGUGUGCACGAGAGCGCGCGGGGUGGUGCGCGAGAGGGCCUCGGUUCUCUUGGGCGCCCAGCUACUGCCUCCUGCUCGCCACGGCGCGAUGCCGGCGGAAUCCCUACCGCGCGCCCCCACCGUCCGGCGCUUACACUCGCACACCCGGGCACGCACACCCCACGCCGCCGCACACCCGGCUCCGCACUCCCUACUCGCUCUCCUGGGGCGGUCACAAAGGCCCCCAAGCCCGGCCAGCUCGAGCCCUCGGAGCGCGGCCCUGCGCCGCUCCCGUACCCGCCGGCCUCAGGUGCCCCGCUGCUCCCGGUGGGGACCCCGCGGGCGGCCCGGCUCCCGCACCCUGCCUGGCUGGGCCGCGGUCGCGCUCCCAGCCCGAACCCGGGCCCGGGUGCGGACUCGGGCUUCCCGCACUCGCGUCCGAAGCGCCGGCCCCCUCCGCUGCGCCGCCGCCCUUCUUCCCCCUUCCUGCCCGGCCUCUCCGGCGCCUCUCUGCCUUCUCCCACCUGCCCAGCCCGGUCCUCGGUCUCCCCGCUGCUCUCCGCCUGUCUCGCCGCUGCUUUCUCCCGCGCCCCCUCCUCCCCACCGCCUUGCGCUACCUCUCACAUUCUCCGCAUUACAGCGGGUGCCGCCCGCCGCUCGCGAGGCCCAGGGUUCGAGGGUGCAGUGGGCCGCGAGGGGACGCGCCGCGCCUGGCCCAGCCGUCCCGUCCGCUCUCCGCGGCUACUAGGUUCAGCCUGGCGCUAGGGUGGCAGCGUCCCGCGCUAGCCUCGGCUGCCGAUGACAGCUGUCAUCUCGCCCGGGCUUAAAGGGCUAGCGCACCCGGCUCUACCGGCCCCACCCGGGGGCGCCGGGGAGGGGACCUCGCCGCGCGGGAACAGUCCGGGGCGGUGGCACAGCAGCGGCCGUGCUGGCGACGCCCUGUCGGCCGCGGUGGAGCCCGGCCCUCCGGGCUGGAGGCCCUGGCACAAGGCGGGACAUCCUGGAAACUCAGACUGCGCAGCUGAGUGGGCAGCGUCAUGAGGAAGCAAGAGGCCUUGGCCCCGCCUCUCAUCAGAUGUUAGCUGGAUGCCUCCGGGCAGCACCUGCCACUCCGUGUCCCCCAGAACUGUAAAGAAUGGACUGAUCAUCUUCUGCUAUCUCUGGUUGAUCCUGGACCAUAGCCUGUAAUAAGGGAAUGGAGAAGAUACAGCAUGACUCCAUCCAGGCCAGAUUCCAGGGCCUUGUCCCUGCAGUGGGCAGAGGGGCUACCUGAGGCCUGCUGCUGGCCUAUGCUUUCCCAUCCCUCCUCCGCCCCUCAGCCUGCCCCUGGCCCUUCCCAAGGAGGGCACUCCAGGAAGCUUUCUUCCUGUCCCCACCCUAGGCCUCACCUGCACUCUCACCCAUGUCUCCACCUGGUAAAUGCACCAGACGCCCAGGAGCUUCUGCCUCAGCUUCCCAAAGUGCUGGAAUUAUAGGCGUGAGUCACUGCACCCAGCCUUAAUUCAUUUAUUUUUUAUAGAGACGGGGUCUCACUGUGUUGCCAGGGCUGGAGGUGGAUCCUUUUGAUUGACAUUCUGUGGUGGAGCAGGGCCCCAGGCCCCAGAAAGGGCCAAACUAGGCUGUAGGUGGGCUGCUAGUGGCUUUGGUAGUGGGAAUGGAUGAUGGAUUGAUUGGAGUUUUCUCCAUUUGGUGGUGAUGCUGGGUCUGUUAUGUGCAAGUCUCAUUAAUUUUUUUAAUCAAGAAAUUGCUCCAUUGGGAGGGUAGGCAGGGGUGGGAACUAGGCUCAGGGGCCUGGGCUCACAGGGAGCUGGGGCUCAGGACCCAAAACACAGCUCCUCAUGGGAGACUGGAGAGGUGAGGAAAUUCACAAGCCUAAGACAUGGAAGCACCAAUGUCCUUUCUCAGUGUUUUACACAUAUGCACACACAUGCCCAAGGCAUGUAUGGAAACACCAGCUCAUGCACACACAUGUGUAAACGGGCAGAUUUACACACAUACACUCUCACAGGGCUCCCCACCUGGGAUGCUCUCCCCUUCUUUCUGAAUCUUCCCAUGUCACUUCUUGGGUCCUCUCCAUCCCCAACCUCUGGAGCCAUAGAGGGAUGCCUGGACCCAGGCUCACACUUGGAGUAAUACCCACACCCAACCCUCUACAGGAGUUCUGGGUGUCAGUGGGGUGAGGGCUGGGGGGAAGGGUCCUGAAGCAGGUUCAAGCCCAGGGCCCAGGACAGUCCCAGGACCGACAGCGGGGCAGGGAGGCGUCCUGAAGCUACCAGGAUGGGAGUCCUGAGCCUGCUGAUAGGGGUCUGAUGAGGCCCCUCCGUGAAGAGAAAAGAACAGCCCAGGCGGGCCAGGAAGGGCCUGAAAAUGCCUCCUUCAGUGCCCUCUCCUGGAAGCCCUCCAGAACUGCCACGAGCCAGCUGCUCUUUCCUUCCCCUGAAUUCCUCAGCCCUGACUAUUGGCAGAACCCACUGGAUACUGUGCUCAGGAAAUCUUAAAUCCAUCUUUCUGGAGCCCUGAACUUUUGGGAUCAGCACAGACCCAGGAUUGGACUUAUAAAAUCCAAGCCCCUUGGCAGUGAGGAGGUAGCCUCCCACACCUAGCAACGGAGAAACCAGACCAAAUAUGAUUGGUCACUUCCCUCUCAUGGAAGGGAAGGCAUGAGCUGAUUGACUGGUGAUGCUUACAAAAGGGAGAAGCCAGUGGGCACAAAGAAGCAAACCCAUGCCAAGAGAGAUGGUUGGGCUUGGCUGUCUUCAAAGAGGACAGUCCCAGCUCAGAACUCCCCCUGUCACCCAGUCGGCCAGAGCAGAGAACUACCCAGUGGAGGAGUCCCAUGUCAGCCACACUCCCAGCAGAUUUCAACCUUGGUAUUCCCAGGAAGGUGGGCCCAAACUCUCAGUCUGCUCAUGGGGCAGAACUAUUUGCAAUGAAGUGAAAGGUUCUGGCACUCGGAGGGUUAAGCCUAGAUUAACCAGAACCAACCUAUGCACGUUCCCCAGAGGGCCCCAGCAUCUGUAGGCAAGGGUGUGUUUCUGGAAGGUAGGCAGGGUUCCAGCCACAUCUGGAAGAAACCAAGAGCUUCCAAGCUGGAGGGGCUUUGGGGAUGAUGUAGCCCAGUUGCUACUACACAGAUCAGGAAACGGUGGCCCAGAGAAAGGGAGGCAGGGGAGAAUUUGUCCUUGGUCACUCGGGUACUUACAAGCAGAUGGGACUGGGACCCAGCUGGUCUGUCCAGGGCUCUUUCCUCUGCACCACUCAAGGCUGCAGAUCCCGUGUUGGGCCCGGCUCUUGUUUACCUCCAUGCCUUUGCAUAUGUGCCUGGGACGCAUUCCUUCCACCUCCACCAGGUAAGCCCCCACCCACUCUUUAAUUUUCAACCCCAGGAUCACCUUGUCUCGGGUGCCCUCUGUUCAUCUUUGUGCUCCCGAGGCCUCUUGCACACCCAUCACAGCUCUGGUCACACUGGACCCUCACUGUGUGUUUACAUGUCUGUCUGCCCACAAGGCUGUGACCCCUUGAGGACAGGGGUCCAUCCUCAUGUCUUUGCCAGCCCGGUCAAGUCCAGGACACAGUUAAAGGCUGGUAAGUAAAUGUCUCUUCAGUAGAGGAAUGACAGACUUGGGUAUUUUAAUCUCACAGUUUUCUUCCAACAUGAUUCCUGUUUUCUGUGUGCCCAGCCCUGUGCUUGGUCGGAGAAAGCGGGGAAAAAGCGGAGGCCCAAGCCCCAUCCUCAAGAGCUCCCAGUCCGGACCAGGGCAAGAUGUGUUCUGUUAGGGGUUCAGGCGUCACACACUUGGGGUUAUUACUUAGAGACCUGGGUGCCAGGAGUGGGAGCACUAGACACAGCUGAAACUGGUUUUGCCCUGGCCUGGGUGCCCAUGCAGCAGGCAGAUCCUAGGAGGACGCUGUCUGCUUUGCUUGGUUUUUCCCAGCUGUGAGACUACUGCCCUGAAGAGAUCUCAGGCCCUAUUGCACAGCUCCAGGGAACAUUUUUUAUGUGAGAAGCACACACCUGGAACCCUGCUUCACAGACUACAGUAUGAAUGAUACCUACCCACCCACCCCCCACCCUGCAGAGCUAUGUGAGGUGGUGGCCCUUGGGGGCUCAGGGCACAUAAGCUGAUGGUGGGCCUGAGCAGGAGUCCUUAGCCUCACCUCUGCAGCAUCCCUGUAUGUACAGCCAUGGAUGAGAGCUGAUGACAGAUGUCCAGCUCAGACGCCCCUUUCCAGGACAGUCUGGGUGCUCCCAGCUCUGCGUCUCUUCCCAGCCCUUGCUCUCAGCCUCCCACCUCAGCCUUCAUCCCUGCCGGGCUGGAGGUGGCCAGUGGCCCUCUGGCUGAAUGGGCCUCUGGAUGGCAGCCACGCAAAAUGCCCAGUUACUGCAAGGCCAUAUUUACAUUUUCUAAUAUCAGGCAAAGAAAUGGCUAAUGUAGCAAAAAAUGGUUACUCCAGGUAAUAGUGGCACCACCAAGCCAUUGUGUGCCAGACACCAUACAUCAUUCUUAACUGUCACACAAAUUCUGAGGAAAACGUGUAAUUAGUCCCAUUUUGCAUAUGAGACAACUAAGGUUCAAAGAGGCUCGGACCACACUGCGUCAUGGCAGAGCUGGGACUGAAAGGUGUCCUGCCUGACACCAGAACUUUCCACCUGUCCCUUUCUACCCCCAACCUAAACACCCUCUGGCCUCAGGGGCUGUAAAGGCAGCAAUGGAUUGGGUCUGAAGUAGCUUUGGCCAGUCCAGUGUGAGCAGAGCACUGUACAGUAAGGGGCCCCUACUCAAGGCUGUGAACUACCCUCUCCUGCAGCAAACAAGAGCUGUCUUCUGUGUACUGCAUGUCAAUGUGGUUGCGUGUACAUGAGACAGUGUGUACAUGUGGUUGUGCAUACAUGUAGCUGUGUGUGCAUGUGGCUGCAUGUGCAUGUGGCUCUGUGUGCAUGUGCCACAUGAAGCAGUUAUGUUCCCUGGUCUGAAAAACACCGGCAACAAUUUCACUCGCUCAUACAGGCACUAAGAGCAGGGACCCUGGGAGUCACAUUGCCUAGGUUCAUGCUCUAACUCUGCCACUUAUCUGUGAUCUUGGGUGAGUUACUUAAUCUCUCUGUGCCUCUGAGUCUCCCAUCUGUACACUGGGGAUAAUAAUAGCUUCUAAGUGGAAAAUUUGCAAAGGUCUCUUGAAUGGCCAAGAUAUCUGUGGAAACUCAUAGGAUGUGGGUAAACAAGGCAUUGAAUCUUUCCUCACAGACUUAAAUGAAUUUCUAUUCAAGACCUGGGCCUGGUAAGUGCUAUAUGGGUGUUAGCCACUGUAUUUUUCAGCAAAGGCUUAUUGAGCACCUACUGUGUGCCAGGGAGCAUGAUAGGGGCUGGGUCACAAUACUAAUCAAGACAGGCAUAGUCCCCACCCUCAAGGGGAUCACAGUCUUUUCAGGCUCCUCAAAGCAGUCUCCUGCCUUCAUCCACAAACACACACUGAUGGAGGAGACAGGCAAUGACUGAGGCCAACGCAUCUGGGAGGAUGGAGGAGGGAAGAGACAAUGUUGGGACCCCACCCUCUCUAGUUUUCCUCCUGUCCUCCUGGCUGCACCUUCUCAAACUCCCUUGGGCUCCCUGUCCUCUGCCAGCCCCAGUCCUGUGGGGUGUCCAGGACUCUGUGCUCCACCUCUUCUCCCUUCCUGCCCACCCACACAAGCCCGCCCACCUUCUCCCAUCUUCACACAGAUGAUCCCUACAUCUCUGCUCCAACCUGGCGCCCCCAGCCACUCAGUCACCCAAACCAGUAGCCUGGAAGUCCCCUGUCCCUACCCCCUACACCCACCCCACUCAACCACUCCCUAAGUGCUAUCAACUCUACCUCCAGCAUCGCUCUUGAAUCCACCCAUUUCUCUCCAACCCCACCAGGCCUCCCCUCCAGUCCAUCUGUAGUAGAUGCUGUUGGUACCUCACCCAGACCCCAUUUUCCAGCCAGGACAUUUGUCUACCACCUGCAGGCGGUGUUGGCUGUUAACAACUCACAGUUGUGCCAUUCUAGGGAGCAGUGCCCUCAACCAGUGGAGACUAAACUUAUCAGGAAAUUCCUGGGGGCUAUACUCUCCUCCAUGUGCAACCCACAGUCAUCAGGCAGAUCUGGGAACAAAAGCUGCCCCUUGUGCCCUGACAACUCUGCGGUGCAGUGCAAGCACCAGAGCUUCCCAGGGGACUGGAUCCAGACCAGACUUUGGCUGAACCACAUCCUCAUCUAACCCCUCAUGCGUGUCACUGAAAGCACCAGAUCCCUUUCCAGGCUCUGCCUUCCGGGAAUCCAAUCUAAGACCCCAUCUCUGACAUUGGGCCACUUACAGUGACAUCUCCAGGCCCUGGGAGGCAACCCAGAGGACAGGUGGGGCCUGGGCUAGGGCAGAGGGCCACUGGGGCCUGGGGAGGGGAAUGCCGGGAUGCUGAGUCCCCAGCCACCUUGUUCGGGGGCGGCCUCUCUGACGCUGUGAUUAAGUUUUGUGCCAGAAAAUCGAUGGGGAGCUGGAGCUUUCCCUCCUCCCUUUUUCUUUUUACUUCCCUUUCUCUUCUUUUCAAAGGCUGAGCCCAAGUUAAUCAGAUAAAUUCCUCAGCAGUCGCACCAACAGUUUUUCUAAGAUUCAGCCUCCCCAGAGCAACUCAUUAUUACUCUAGACUGAGACAUGAAAGCAAAGGGGAAAGAAGAAUGGGGAAAAAAGACAUGUUUUUAAUUAAAAAAUUAAUUUUCCCAACACUGACGGCUACCCAGCUGUGGCACUUCCCCACUCAUGAGAUCAUCCCCUCCAUCCCUCUCUUCCUCAUCAAAUCUCAAGGUCGGGCGUGGGCCUGGGAAAGGCAGCUCCCUCUCUGAAAAAAGCCACCUUCCCCUCCAGCGGAAACCUCUUUGUCUCACCUCCCUCACCUGCAAAGUAAGUGGUAGGACUGCAGGAUUCUACGUGGCAACCGCAGACAGAGGACACAGGCUUUGGAGUCAGGCAGACACGGGUUCCAGCUCAGUCACUGAGGAUGCAUGUGGCUUGCCUAAGUCCCCUCACACUUCUCUACUCAAGUGAGGUCCUCAGGCCAGCGGCGUCGCCAUCACCUGGGGGCCUGUUAGAAAUGCAAUUUGGAUCCCACCCCAGAUUAGUUGAACCAGAAUCUGUGUUUUUAAUAGGAUUCCCCGUGACUCAAACCCACAGAACCUUUCAAGAAGCACUGCUCUGGUCAAUCCAAGCUUCAGCCAUCUCCUCUGGAAAAUGGCUUAGUCUGCGAAAAUUAUGAAGUUGUACGAGAAAACAGUUUAACAAUCUGUAAGGCGGGAACCUCAAAAAAAUAUUCACGAGGUGUUAACCUGGGCCAUUCCAGUGCCUUGUAUCAAACCUCAUAUCUGGUUCAGGAGCUUGACCCCAUGAGCCAGAAGCUUUUCUGCUCUCUUGAACACUUUGCUCCCUGUGUCUGGGGCCCAGUCAGAAGUUUCCUGAAGGAACCAAAGAGUUUGCAAUGCAGGAAAUCUUCACUGGAGAACACCCACUGUCUGAAGCACUGACCAUUGUCCAGGUGCCUCCCCUACUCACCGCAUGCUGGGGCUGCUGGUGGGGUUAGGGCUUCUGUGGGUGACAGGAGCUCACACUCCAAUGUCAUGGGGAUGGACCUGUCCAUUCUAGACAGGUAUCAACAGCCACAGGCUCCCAGUUUUACCUUGCCAUUCCUUUCUGGGGUCUUUCCUAAGGACACAGUCCACAGUAUGGAUAAGUUUCACACCAAGAAGAUUUAUCAGGUUACCUUAAAUAGGGAGUAAAUAGAAAUAACACUGAGAGCAAGGCUAAGUAAUUGUUAGUAAGGACCUUUCAAAUGAUACGAAAGACUUUGUAAUGAUAAGUAAAAAUGUUUAUGAUGUAAUAUGGGAUACAGAAUUGCUAUACACUCAUCUAUGUUAAAAAAUAUAUGUACAAACAUAUCCUUAUGCUGAAGCCCUAAUUCUCAAUGUGAUAGUAUUAGGACAUUUGGGAGAUUAUUAGGUGUAGAUCAGGUCGUGAGUGUGGGACCCUCAUGAUGGAAUUGGUGCCCUUAUAAGACGAAGGCAAAGAGAUCGCUCCCUCUUCCUGUACAUGGUUGCUCCGAGGAAUGACCACGUGAGCAUGCAGUGAGAAGGUGGCUGCUUACAGCCAGGAAGAGAGCCCUCAUCAGACACCAAAUCUGCCAGCACCUAGAUCGUGGACUUCCCAGUCUCUAGAACCGUGAGAAAUAAUUAUCUGCUGUUUAAGCCACCCAGUCUCGAAUUCUGUUAUGAUGGCCCAAUCAGACAGUAGCAUAUUUUAAAAGAGGUAAAACCAACAUUUUAGAUAACAAUAAAAAAAAUCCAAAAACUGAUUUAAGGCCUGGUUUUGUACUAGAGACUUCAGAGAACUAAGGGGAGCAACUGCAAAACCAAUAGUUACAGGGACAACAAGAGAAAGAGAAACUGCCCUUCAAGAUGACUGUGCAGAGUGAAAUUUUAAGACACAUGAAGAAGAUUGAUGCCAAAGCAAAAUCAACAAUUAAGAGGCUUAUUUA